CGUCGCCCAUCGCCCACUUUGGCCUAGACCUUCUAGUCAUCUCUGCUCGUCUUGUGAUCUUGUGAUCCGAUUCAAGUGAAGAGCUCGAGGCAUCAUGACGAAACAAAAGAGAACAAGAACAAGAACAAAAAGACCUCUGAGUCGAGUUCAUCGCAGUCUACACCCUACUAUCAUAUCUGGAUAUUACCCAGCCAAACCGUACACAAAAUCCGUACUUGUGCCGAAAUCAAGAAACAUCAUGCCCAAAGCUCCCGGUUCAUCAUCCCCAGUCAAGAACGAGCCUUACGGAAAAGAGUCGCCCAAGAAGCAGCGUGCGGGUGCUGCUGCGUCUUCGAAGAUCACUUGGACAGAGGAGAUGGACAAGACCAUGAUCAGCCACGUCCUCAGCAUCUCCGAGAUUAAGCUGCAUUACAAUUGGACGGAUCUUCAGAAGAACCACUUUCCUCAGUUGACGGUGAAGCAGUUAGAGAACCACUGGAACAACAAGGUCAAGAGCCUGCUGUUCCCACCCGACCUAUUGAAGAUGAGCAAGAAGGCGAAAGAAGGCGAAGUAAAGGAGGAUGCCGGUUCGGAAGAAUGAUUCGCAAGGGGUUGGAUGGAGAGGCGU